AUAGAAUCAAAGGACUAAGAUUCUCGAGAACGUAUUUAGAAUAGCAGCAACAAACUAAAACUGCAACAAUUGAAGCGAUUUCCACACAUGCUGGAGCGUACUUCUUGUGUCUGACGAUUGAGACAUCAGGGCUUAGAUCGCCUAAAGUCACGUGAUCAUGAAAACUGUAGCUAUAUUAUGCAUAACCCUGAUGGUUCUGAUGGUCUAUCAGGUGACUGGUCUUCCUAUAGAAAAAGAACUAUUAAGAGUGAAACGAAAAGGUGACCAGGAAGAAAGUGACACUGGUCAGCGGCUUCACAGGCGUGAUAUGGAAUUGUUCAAAGAAAUUGAAAGUCUUGAGGACGAUGUAGAAAUCAGAAGAAAAAAACGAUUCCAUUCAGAAGACAAAAAUGACAACAAUGACAUCGAGAAAUAUCCGAACAAAAUGGCGGCUAGAUCAUCUCGCUCAUCCAGGGAAGAUAACGACAUAACAGCCAGGGGUAUGGAGAGAUUUCUAAUAAGAGAAGGAAAGAAUAAGGGAAUUAAGCAACCAGCAAAAAGAUCGACCUUAGGUUCCGGGAUGGAAAGCGACUACACUUCUUCAGGUUCCGCUUCUGGAGUAUGGAUAUCUGAUUCGGAAGCAAAUAGCAUGUUAAACGAGAAUAAAACUCCUCAAGAAAGCUCUCUUGAGAAUAUAGUUGCUGCUUUGAGUGAUCAACCACGUGAUCAUGAGACAGAGGACACGUCGUCCGGUUCUGGACUAUGGGGAGCUUCCGGUUCCGACGACGAUCUACCAAAGUUCUUUUCUGCUGCAGCGUCGAACUCGCACUAUAUGGAAGUAGGCCAUGUGGAGUCUGGUAGUGGUAGUGGAGAAACAAAACAAGCAAACUUAGUGUCAGACCUUGCAGAAGAGCUACAUCAACAAGCAAGUACCAAACAAGACGACCACGCUCAUCCAAAACAGAAACGUAGUAGCGACAGCUUUGUUGAAGGCAAUGAUAUUUUGCAUGAGUUCUUUGAAGGCGCUGGAAUCAUUCACAGAAGUAAGCGAGAAAAAAUUGACAAUAGCUUAGAAGAAAAACUAGCUUCAUUCUUCAGAAACUUAAAAGGAGACACAGUAGCGAGUCACGAGCCACAAACGCCCAAUGAACCUCCCCCUAUUCCUGCAGUCGUCACGAGCAAAAGGAAAUCAAAGGUCACAAAGACCGCACGAGAGGUUUAUCAGGAAAACACUGAGGGACUGACGGGUUUAAGCCUAGUAAGACGAUUUUAUAGAGAUCAAGACAUGGACGUAAACACAGGUCAAGGGGAGAAGAUCUAUCCAGAUAGUGUCAUUCCCCUAGAUGAUGCAUUAACGUUCAAAAAAGACAAGAUCGAAACCAAAUUACUACACCAAGAAACAAUCAGCAAAAAGAAAAAAGCCAUUGAUCAAACAGAGACAAGAAAAAGCAAUCCUUAUGAGCCACGUGUUGUUCAUCAGAAGGAAAUUCCUCGAACCCAUGUGACGAUUAUCGAAGAGCCAGCCAUCUAUUCUAAAACAGACGAUUCUAUGGACUCAAAUGAUGGAGGCAUGAACAGCAAAGAAGAUGAAAGUGAACCCGCUAUUGAGAUUCACGAAAGAGCUAUCAGAGAAGACGGUUAUGUUGGUUGCUAUGCUGACCAGAGCCCCAACCGCGACUUGCCAAUUCCAUUGUCGGUAAGAAAUCUCACUCCUACAAACUGUCGAUUGGCCUGCAAAGACGCUGGCCACGCGUACGCCGGUUUACAGUACGGGUACUUGUGCCGUUGUGGUGACAAUUAUGGGAAGUACCCUAGACUUGAUGAAAGUCAAUGCAGUACUGCUUGCAAGGGAGACAAAACACAGAUUUGUGGAGGUUUUUUCAGGAGCUCAAUCUAUGCUACAGAGGGUGUAACCGAACCAACUCAAGGGGAUUUCCUUCACGUUGAAAGCGUUCGACCAUUGAAUGCAGCUAUUAAAACUCAGGCUGCCACACCGAACUUCAUGCCACCAGUGGUGCCACCCCAGCCUUAUCUUCAGCCAAACCCGUUAUCAUACAGUAGCUCUGCAACCCAACUAGCCCAAUCCUACAUUGCUCCAGAGGAACCCAAGAUUAUAUACCACUCAGAAACACCACUCCAAGAUACUCCCGUGCAGACCACCGUAAAAGCUAGAGUAGUCAGAAUUCCUCAACCAAAGUACAACCCUGGCAUUUCAAGUACUAUUCGACCCGAGAGAAAGUCUACCAUCGGAAAACCGUCAACACCAAAGCCACCAGCCAUAAAACCAAUCCAACCACAUUACAUGCACAAUCAGCAUGGGGCAGCGCCAAAUGAAAAACCAAAAGUCAAUUAUUUCAAACAUUUAACUACCAAUCCAGCAACACAAAUCUUUACUGGAAGCAUCAAGUUAAAGCAAAGUUGGUUAGAUGGACUUACAAAGGUAGAUAGUCCUGAAUACAAAAUAUUGUCUGGAAAUAUAGAAGAAGCGUUUAAACAGAUGUUUAAGAAGGAUCCAAAGUUUAUAACCGCCAAAGUUCAUGGAUUUUCAAAGGGCUUAGUGAGGCACAAUCCAGACACGAUAAGGAAAGUUGUGGCUUCGUUCAGUCUAACUUUCCAGAGAGGCACAAAUGGCAUUGAGAAUAAAGUGGUGAAAGGAGUUAAGGAUACCGGUAAACUCUUUGACAUGCCUGCCUACGAGCAGUCCAUUAAGAUACGAGAAUAUAACAGGAUGACAGACUCGAAACCUCAGGCCGCCAUGAAGAUAGAAAAAAAGAGAGAUACGACCAAAGAAAUCAGAAGAAACGAUGGCCCAAAGACAAAGUUACCUUACACUUUGGAGCUGUUUUUAAUGAAGGACCAAAUGAGCAGAGAAAAGAGAAGCGACUCUCAGUAAGGACGUGAUGGCAUCAUGUCAUUCAGCCAUUUCAAACAGAUGAUUAGUUUUGUAAAAAAAAGACCAUAAUGACAAAAGAUUAUUGAAAAAAUGUAUAACAUUUUGAGGAUUUCUCAGUUUUGGAUAAUUGCUAACCUAAUUAACAUAUUGUAAUACAAAUGGUACUUCAGUGAACAAAAAACGCCAAAGGAAUGAAAAUAAAGAUAAAAAGGACAAACACUAAAAGCAUGACAUAGUUAUA